AUGCAAAAAAAUAAUCACAGGCCACGGAAUAAGUCGCUUCCAUGAGAAGCCACGUCCUUCACUAAUUUUAUUGCCUCGAUACUAUAUCCAGACACAAGCAAAGUUCAAGAAACAAUUCAACCCAUCCAGACAAAAGUUGGAACCUGUUGUGUCGAUCAACCGAGAAAGGAAGGGACUGUAACAGAGAGAGAGAGAGAGAGAGAGCAUACAGAACUCAGGCGGAAAAUUGAGCGCUCCACCAGCAGAGAAACAACAACCAAGAUCGUAAGCACAGUCGCCACAGACCAUGUGGGGGUCAGGGCUAAAGACCGCAGUUCAUGUGAGUCCCCUGUCAUCAGGAAUAGUUUUCCUUCGCACAGAACACCUCCUUUGUACUAGGGAAACGCUAUGUCCUUUAGAGCGCAUCCAUCGUCAAAAUAAAGCCAAAUCAAACUCCAAAAAGUCCGAUUUCCCCUCUCGUCACAUUACUUCUCCGGAGAUUGAGGCUGGAGGACGAAGGAGGAACCUCCACCUCUACACGUGCACAUCAUUUUCUGCAUUCGAUGACCACAAAUGCCAAUGGAGGUUAGAAGAAGAAUAAAACCACCUUAUAGCUGUUACGGUGAAGAAAACAGGGGGAGAAGAGGGUCACUCUUCUUUCUUGUCUGCUUCAGCUUAGUAUUUAUUGGUCCUCUCCCUCGAGAAAAAGGGGUUAA